AAAUCGAACGUAAAUGUGACACAAUGGAGAAAACAGGUCUCGGUCUUGGCGGAAAUGUUCGGCAAUAAAGCGGACGAAACUGCGCGCGAGGAUUAGCGCCACAAAAGCCUGCUCUUAAGUAAACGGAGGAACGUUUCUUUUUAUUGAAAAAUCGAAAUCAGGAAUUGUUCUUCAACUUUUCAAAGUGUUGUGAAAAUUUUUGGAAAUUUAACUUUUUAAACAAUAGUCUUUUGAUCUACAAAUGAUUGAUCGUGGGGCAGCCUGGAGUGCCCAAAAUGUGUGAGAUAGCGCACGGAGUAGGCCACAGCUUCACACCAAGAGGCCAGGAAACUGAACGGGGGGACAGGAAGUGAUUAGUGUCCAUGUUUGGCCUGCAGGUGCCCCUGUCCCGGGCCGCGGAGGCGGAGGAAUUCGACAGUGUCAGCACGAUCCUCCUGAACAGUGCAUAUAAUGGCCCUACAGCAGUUGACUUGUCAAGGUGUAAAAACAAUGACCGCCUCUUUGUCUUAGAACUGUUUGGAAACAAGAAGCAUAAAUGUGAUUACCUCCACUGUCCACAUAAUGGUCACUCCACCGACGACACAGGGUACGGGACAGACAAUGACGAUGUUGGCGGGGGACAGGAUUCUAAUCCUGACUACGAGCCACUAGAUAUAGUGACCCACAGGUGUACAGACUCCAGUGUAGAUUUCACAAGGAUGGACAGCAUACGCAGAGUUAAGCUAAAAGUGAAGAAAGUGAAUCACCAGAAUUUUGACAUUAUUGACAGGAACAGAAAGCCGGGGCAGUUAGGGCGAGCCUUGUGUAAGGAGCUGAUCGGGAUUAUUCCUGGUCAUUUUCCGUCUAAAUCGAUGACCGCAUGUGGACAGCGGCUGUGUGUCCGUGGACUGGUGCCUCACAGUCACGCAUCCAAGUACUCCAAAAUACAGAUAGGUGAUUGUCUGAGACUGAUUAAUGGCCGUGAGAUUACCUGGGAUAACAUUGACGAUGUUCUGCUGAAGAUUUCUCAUUUGGAGGAGGUUUCCGUGGUGAUACAACAAGUGAUCAGUAAGCAGCCUAAGGUUCCGGUUCUGACUCCGUUACGAGCGACCGCAGUCGACCAGGACCUGGUACAGGUGAUCAGCGGUCAGUCCCUGGGGUCAGAGAGCUCAGACCCCACCCCAGGGCACGGUGUCAUGUUUAUAGACCUCCAAAAACUACAGUCCGAGACGGAAGCUUCACAGGAUGACCUAGUUUAUCAGUAUCCACAGAUGACCUUGACAGACCUCAGGGGAGCACUAAUUACCCUAUACCACACAGCCCAGGAGUGGUCACACACCAAACUACAACAAGCCAGUUAUAAACAUAAUGGGGAGAAGUACAAUGUGACAUUUUAUAAAGAGGAGACAACUCUGCUCCUUCUUACCUUCAAACAAAGGCAGAUACCUAGUACAAGUGUUUCCAAGGUGAUGGGAGACUUGCUCCGCUUGCUGCGAGUUCUGUAUAACUCUGUAAUGGAUGCCUUUCUUGACAUCACUAGACAUGGUGACCUGAACUGUCUGUUUGCUCUGUUCUUCCACAGCCUCGGUUUGAGUAAGCCUCAUUCUGAGAUGUUGUCAAGGAAGCUACAGACUUCCUUAGAUACCAGCCUUUGUUGUCAUAUACCGUAUCUACCUCUUCUGACCACAGACACUGAAAAUAUCGACAAAAUCCUAACAUCUUGGGAAGCUCAAGAAUUUUCUGAUGUGUCUGAGAGCUAUUUUGGAUGCCGCCGUGCCUUUACAAUACUUGGUUCUUGUUUGUUCUAUAAGUCAUUACUGUUGUGCAAUCAUCUACCGAAAGAAGAUUUAACCGAUGUCUAUCUGUACCUAAAGUAUCACUGCCUUCUCUCCCUUUGUUGCCGUGACAACCUACAACAACUGGUGGUCUGGCAGGAAGUGAACUCCACGCGUCAGAUGUUUGACCUCGGAGAGGAACAGGUGUUUGGAUACACGGAGCCCGUAAACGCCAAACUCAUCUGGCUCAUUGUAGGAUAUAAGCGAAGUAUUUUGUGUACACUACUGGAAAUCAAGGGAGGAGCUAUCAAGAGGAAUAAGACCCCCCGUCCGGACCCCAUGUAUAUUGACCAGGCUAAAGCUGUCCUGCUCCAGAUCAAUUCCCUGGAUCUCUCACAGCUCUCUAAGAAAAGGGGCCUCUCUCAGAGAGUGAGACUGGUUUCGAGCCUUGAGUCUACGCGACCCAGCUCUCAGAGUAAUGGAGUAUACCCUGUGACUUCCAGUCCAAAACUCGAUGUGAGUAACUUGCUGAACAAAGGGCGACAACUCCCAGUCCUGGGACGUAAGGACUCGGUCAGAUCCGAUGGAUCCAUGGAAAGUAACUCUAGCGCUGGGAGUGACAAGACAAGAAAUAAAAGGGGAAGGUUGUUUUCUGAUGUUAUACAGGAGGAUAAACACAGAGAUUUCAGCUUCACUAUGGCUGACAAAAUCAAAUUGACAUCAGGGGCAGACAACUGUCUCCUUCACUUCCUCCAUUUUGACAAGUAUGAGGGAGUGAUUAUCUCCCCUGAGCCGGUGUCUGAUCACACGGAGAUCGUCCAGAACUUCUACCGCUGCUCCUCCCAGAUCAAACACAUGUUUGACAAGUACCGAUAUAGAAGGAAGUCAGCCCCUCCACUGAUUCCAGAGAUGGACACUAGAGUUCCCCACAUGGUGGACACAACAUUUAACUUUAUGAGGGAGGAGGGGGUGAUGUUUACAGUCCCCACCCCUGGGGGAGCAGCCAGUUACUGGGUUGUGGGACGCCAGAGAUCCAAAGAGGAAUUGUACGUCUGUUUCCAAGAUGGAACUCCACAGAAUCUUGUGGAGCUGACUUUUAAGACAGAGUUUGGACUCAAAUGUUGAGAUUUCUCAAACUGCCACAGGAUAUUAACUUACAAAGGACUCAAUGUGUUCAGAACAAUGAUUGGGGAUUAGAAGUCUGUUAUAUAUUGUUAUUUAUUGUUAAUUGUACACUGUACUAUCUAGUCUGUGCCAGUAUCAUGAGUAUGUCAAAAGACUCUUUCAAAUGAAUUCUUAUAAAAUCAUACCUAGUUGAUCAGGGAACUUGGUAAUUGUUAUAUUUACAAAUCUUAUUUUACA